CCCAACCUGUUAAAGAACUAUUAAAAAGAGACGACGGAUUGUUCUGCCGUGUUACUUCCCUUCCACACUGUUGAUACUUUGCACGGCGAAGAUGACCUCGUCGCUUACGGAGCUUGACGAUGAUUUGGUUCGCUGCAUGUCCAUAGGAGCCGUCUUCUCCGAAUUCGGUGGGAAGAUACAUUCCAUCGAUUUCCAUCGAAAGGAUGAUUUACUUGUCACGGCAAGUGAGGAUGACUCAGUUCGACUUUAUGACAUCGCUAAUGCCAAGUUGCUGAAGACCACUUCUCAUAAGAAACAUGGUACAGAUAGGAUAUGCUUUACUCAUCAUCCAAGCUCUGUUAUAUGCUCUUCAAAAUACAAUUUGGAGUCUACUGGAGAAUCAUUGCGAUACUUAUCAAUGUAUGAUAACCGAUGCAUAAGAUACUUCAAAGGGCACACACAGAGGGUUGUUUCUCUCUGCAUGUCUCCAAUCAACGAUAGCUUCAUGUCUGGUUCUCUAGACCACAGUGUCAGGAUAUGGGAUCUUCGAGUAAAUGCUUGCCAGGGCAUCUUACGUCUACGUGGUAGACCUGCUGUUGCAUAUGACCAACAAGGCCUUGUCUUUGCUGUAGCAAUGGAAGGGGGGGCUAUUAAAUUAUUCGAUUCUCGUUCUUAUGACAAGGGUCCAUUUGACACCUUUCUAGUUGGUGGUGACACAGCUGAAGUUUGUGAUAUCAAAUUCAGUAAUGAUGGCAAAUCAAUGCUUUUAACUACUACUAAUAACAAUAUUUAUAUUCUUGAUGCAUAUGGAGGAGAAAAGCGUUGUGGGUUUAGUUUGGAAGCAUCUCCUGGUACUCCUAUAGAGGCUACUUUUACCCCAGAUGGGAAAUACAUGGUGGCAGGCUCAGGAGGUGGAACCAUGCAUGCUUGGAGUAUUGAGACGAAGAAUGAGGCCCAAUAUGAUUCGUAGAUACCAAAUGUCUGCGGUUCGGUUUUGAGCAUUUCUGAAGUAUGCCCAAUGAAUGUCUUCAUUCUAUAUUGUGAUAAACAUGCAUAUAUAAAUUUAAAAUUGGUAAAGUAUACACAAAAAUAGCCCUUAUAUUUAGCUUCCUAUAAUUUACCCUCAGAAUUUUCAAAUUGGUAAACGGAACUGCUUUAUUGAUGGGCAACUAAAACCAUUUGCACUUAAUGCCAAAGAAUUCCUCAGUUCAUGAGACAUUCAUUUUAUUUACUGAAAACUGUAAUUGUGUAUUCUUUGUAAUGAUAAAUGAGUAUAUGUUUAAAUGACAAAAAAAAUGAAUGUCUAUAUGGCUAAUUAUACUCUAUGGUAGUGAAUGUUGGAAUUUAAAGGGACGAUGUGAGAAAAAAAGCAAAUGGUUGUGUGUGAGGUGAUAUUUGAGUGAUACCUAUCAAGGAAAAUCUGACAUUUUUUAUGAUGGUUUGACCUUGUGCAUAUAAGGCCAUUGGAAGCACUGGUGAGGAGAGUAUAGACAUUUGAGGUGAAGAGAGAAAUAAUAUACAUCUAUGUGAUAUAUUUAUGUUAUAUUUCAAAUUUUUAUCCAUAUAAAGCAUGACAUAGGAUUGGACCCAAGCUCAUACAAAAUGUAUAACACUCCCUUUCAAGCUUGAGCAUAUAAAUCAUAUGCACCAAGCUUGGUACAUAUAUAAUCAAUCCUAGGAUCCCACAAUGGUUUAGUGACGAUAUUUGCUAAUUGAUCAUUGAGAAUAACAGAUCAUGGGAUAAUGUCUCUAGAUACAAUUUUUAUCUCGAAUUAAGUGGCAAUCUAUCUUAAUAUGUUUCUUGUGAAAUACUGAGUUUAAGGUAAUAUGAAGAGAAACUUGGUCAUCACAAAUGAGAUAUCUUUGUAACUUUCUCAAAUCAUAGUUCUUUAAGGAACUUUUUUAGCCAAAUAAAAUGACAAGAUGCAUAAGCCAUUGCUAUAUACUCUGCUUCUCUACAUGAAAGCGAACACGCAAAAUAUUGAUC